AUUUGUUACCAUUGGUCUUAGGUUCUUCUGAAUGCUUUCAAAUACUUCGAACCAUCUUAAAUUUCAAUUCUUCUAGUUUCUUUGAUUAUUACAUUCUUCAUGGCGUUUCGAUUUUUGCAAUUCGUGCUUCACUUCUCAAAACCAAAACACCCUCUUCCCAAAUUACAUCAACGUUUCUCAUCGCUACAAAAUUCAUCAAACCUUGAUGAACGCCUCAUUCUCCAUCAAAUCUCCCAACUUUUACCAAUACCCACUUCCAAAACCCCAGAUUCACAAUCAGAUUCUAAAUCCAUUGAUGGGUUUUUGUCCCCUGAAGAUAAACUACGCGGUAUCUUUCUUCAAAAACUGAAGGGUAAAGCUGCAAUUGAACAAGCUUUAUCCAAUGUGUGUAUUGAUGUAAAUGUUGAUAUUAUUGGUAAAGUAUUGAACUUUGGGAAUUUGGGUGGUGAAGCUAUGGUUAUGUUCUUCAAUUGGGCACUUAAACAACCAAUGGUGCCUAGGGAUGUUGGUAGUUACCAUGUUAUUGUUAAGGCACUAGGAAGAAGGAAAUUUUUUGUUUUUAUGAUGCAGGUUUUAGAUGAGAUGAGAUUGAAUGGUAUAAAAGCUGAUUUGUUAAUGUUAUCUAUUGUUAUUGAUAGUUUUGUAAAUGCCGGUCAUGUGUCGAAAGCAAUUCAGUUGUUUGGGAAUUUGGAUGAUCUCGGGUUGUGUCGUGAUACCGAGGUUUUGAAUGUGCUUUUAUCGUGCCUAUGUCGACGCUGUCAUGUUGGUGCUGCAGCUUCGGUUUUUAAUUCAAUGAAAGGGAAGGUGAGUUUUAAUGUUGACACGUAUAAUGUUGUUGUUGGUGGUUGGUCUAAGUUGGGUAGGGUGAAUGAGAUUGAGAAAGUUAUGAAGGAAAUGGAAGUUGAGGGGUUUUCUCCUGAUUUCAAUACGUUGGCUUUCUUUCUUGAGGGUUUGGGUAGAGCAGGUAGAAUGGACGAAGCUGUUGAGGUUUUCGGUAGUAUGAAGGAGAAAGACACUGCUAUCUAUAAUGCAAUGAUUUUUAAUUUCAUUUCGAUUGGAGAUUUUGAUGGGUUUAUGAAGUAUUAUAACGGGAUGUUGAGUGAUAAUUGUGAACCUAACAUUCAUACAUAUUCUAGAAUGAUUACUGCUUUUCUCAGGACCAGGAAAGUGGCCGAUGCACUUUUGAUGUUUGAUGAGAUGUUAAGGCAAGGAGUUGUGCCUCCUACUGGGACUAUAACCUCCUUCAUCAAACAAUUAUGUAGCUAUGGUCCACCAUAUGCAGCUAUGAUGAUCUACAAGAAGACAAGAAAAUUGGAGUGUAAGAUAUCAAUGGAAGCUUAUAAGAUAUUGCUUAUGCGUCUUUCUAAGUUUGGUAAAUGUGGAUCAUUGUUAAGUGUCUGGCAGGAGAUGCAAGAAUGUGGGUAUAGUUCAGAUGUUGAAGUUUACGAGUACAUCAUAAGUGGCCUUUACAACAUAGGACAACUUGAAAAUGCUGUUCUUGUCAUGGAGGAGGCUUUGCGCAAAGGGUUCUGUCCCAGCAGGCUUGUAUACAGUAAACUAAGUAACAAGCUGCUUGCUUCAAACCUAACAGAGAGGGCUUACAGGCUGUUUUUGAAGAUUAAACAUGCCCGAUCACUAAAAAACGCGAGAAGUUAUUGGCGCGAUAACGGUUGGCACUUUUGAGCAUACAUCAUAACUGGUAGCUCUUGAAGUAGAUCAUGCCAUUUGAUUUUCACAUAUCUGGUCUUCGGCUACUUUCUCGCAACAUUACGGAUCUACACAAAAACAUUGAAACCGUAACAGAUGUUGGAUCAGCAGUCAAGAAGAACAGCACACUUACAAACUCAGAUCAAGAUUCAGAUGAUGAUCAAGAACAGACCCGUUCUUGGAUGAAAAAGGUGGUUUUACCUACCUUCAAAGGCACAUAUCCAAUAGGAUUGAUGGCUCUGAUAAAGAUCAGAAUUAUAGAGAUGAGGCUUUUGCAAGUAAACUUGCGAUUUUCAUAGAUUAACAAAAGGAAUUACAAUCUUCAAACCUAUCAGAGCAGUUUGCUCUCUCAGAAGAUAACUUCUUCUGGUCAAGUAACUUCCUAAUAACUUCCCACAUAAAAAUAAAAUAACAAACAGCAACUUAAAUACAAUCCACAACCACACCCAAUAACUAACUAUUUGAAAUUCAAACUAACACACUAAUAUUAUAUUAAUUAUUUAUUUUUUUAUUUUUGUUUCUCCUUUGAUAAACCCUCCAAAUGACGGGUUUACCCUUCUCUCCAUGAAGCUCAUCCAAUAAUUCAUCAAUAACUGGAAUAGGGAAUUUAUCCGGAAUGGUUACCUUAUUCAAAGCACGGUAAUCUACACACAUCCUCCAAGAGUCAUCCUUCUUCUUGACGAGAAUAACCGGACUUGAAAAGGCACUCUGGCUAGGUCUGAUCACACCGGACAGCAGCAACUCUUUCACUUGUUUCUCGAUUUCUGUUUUGUGGUGAUGAGGAUAGCGAUAAGGUCGAACAUUAACUGGGCCCUGACCAUGCAGCAAGUGUAUAGCAUGCUCUUGUUGUCGUCCAGGAGGCAAUCCUUGUGGUUCCUUGAAAAUGUUAUCGAAAUUGUCCAGUAAUGACUUCAUUUCCAACUGCUGAUUUGGCGUCACCAUACCUGGUUGGACAUCACAAUGCAACUGGCCAAAAUGAUUUUCAUCAACAUAGUUUUGUAAUGGAGUGCACUCUCUAGUACGAAUUCCUCUGAUCUCUAUCCAUUCGCCUUGAUAGUCGAAACGCAUUUUUUUCUCAACCCAAUCGAUGCAAGUACAUCCAAUUUGUGUCAGCCAUGCCAUCCCCAAUACUAGAUCAUAACCGCGCAACUCAAAAAGCAUAACAUCUAUCUCCCAUUCAACCCCUUGAACAGAAAUAAUUACACCAUGACAUUCUCCCAAAGUCGGAACCACAUGUCCGUCACCCAAUCUGAUACGUCUAACAGGAGUCUCGGUAAUUCGCAAACCCAAAGCCAAAGCUAGACGCCUUGACAUGAAAUUUUUGUUUGCUCCACUGUCAACCAACAUCAGCACCGGUAUCUCCCUCACUUUCCCUUGAAAUCUGAUGCAUUGAAACCUAUCUUGAUAAUACUCGGUUUGUCUAUCAAAGGUCAACGCAUUUUCAAAAGUCAGCACAUUCAAUUGCAACUCUUCUGCACCUGUGUCCACAUCUUCAUCAUUCAACACUCUUACUUCAUUUUCAUCUUCAGAAUCAUCCUCAAGCACCAUAACACUCAAAUUUUUAUCCGGACAUUGAUGACGUGGAUGAUACGGACCUCCACAUUUAAAACAGAGUCCUUUUUGACGACGGUCAGCAAUCUCUUGUGAAGACAGACUCCGCACAUUCUUGUCACGCCAAUUUGCAGUGUUGAUAGUGUGUGUUUUGUUUUGUCCAACAUUAAACAUUUCACGUGCACGAUUGUUUCCUCCACUGUUUCCUCCAGGAAAACGAUCACGAUUGUCUUUGUUAUUACGAAUCAUAACCCAAUCGCUAUUUCUACCUUCAUUCUGUGUGACAACUUUGUUACCAAAAACGGGUCGAGAUAGUGAUCAUGCUGCGAACCUUUCCUCUGAUUUUGUCCUUCAAACCAUGAACGAAAUAACCCAAAUAUUGGUCAUUGGGUAAUUUGGGCAGUUGCGCUACUAACCUUUCAAAAUCUGCAAUGUAUUCUUCAAUCGUUCCUUCCUGUUGAAGUGCAGAAAGUUGUUCAAAUACAUUCCCAUCACUAACACCACCAUACCUUUCAAGAAGUGCAUCUUUCAAAUCUUCCCACGUCAAUGUUUCAUUCUCCUCCAACAAUCCUUUGAAAAAAUGGAUUGUUGGACCGUCCAUACAUAAUUGUGCCAAAUUCACUUUGAUUUCUGGUGUAGUAUUCUGCACAUUGAAAUAAACUUCCGCCCUAGCGAUCCAACCAGCGGGAUCAUCACCAUUAAACAUCAGUAAUUCAACCUUUUUAACAGAUAGGCGAAAUUCAUCCAAGGCUUCAUCAUGUAAUUCAGAAUUUUUCUUUUUGUUACCAACUGAUUCAUUAUAGUGCGAUGAUUCUCCCACAUUCUUCUCCUUACUUGAAUUCAAUAAAGAGAUGAUCUUCUCCUGGUUCUCCUUGUUUUGAUUCUGCAUUUCAUGUAAAGAAACCUCCAAAGUUGCGAUUUUCUCUUCAAGUGCAGUCACUUUGGCCUCCAUCUUUUUCGGUGGCAUCCGGCAGGUCGGACCAAUUUGAUAAAGAUCAGAAUUAUAGAGAUGAGGCUUUUGCAAGUAAACUUGCGAUUUUCAUAGAUUAACAAAAGGAAUUACAAUCUUCAAACCUAUCAGAGCAGUUUGCUCUCUCAGAAGAUAACUUCUUCUGGUCAAGUAACUUCCUAAUAACUUCCCACAUAAAAAUAAAAUAACAAACAGCAACUUAAAUACAAUCCACAACCACACCCAAUAACUAACUAUUUGAAAUUCAAACUAACACACUAAUAUUAUAUUAAUUAUUUAUUUUUUUAUUUUUGUUUCUCCUUUGAUAAACCCUCCAAAUGACGGGUUUACCCUUCUCUCCAUGAAGCUCAUCCAAUAAUUCAUCAAUAACUGGAAUAGGGAAUUUAUCCGGAAUGGUUACCUUAUUCAAAGCACGGUAAUCUACACACAUCCUCCAAGAGUCAUCCUUCUUCUUGACGAGAAUAACCGGACUUGAAAAGGCACUCUGGCUAGGUCUGAUCACACCGGACAGCAGCAACUCUUUCACUUGUUUCUCGAUUUCUGUUUUGUGGUGAUGAGGAUAGCGAUAAGGUCGAACAUUAACUGGGCCCUGACCAUGCAGCAAGUGUAUAGCAUGCUCUUGUUGUCGUCCAGGAGGCAAUCCUUGUGGUUCCUUGAAAAUGUUAUCGAAAUUGUCCAGUAAUGACUUCAUUUCCAACUGCUGAUUUGGCGUCACCAUACCUGGUUGGACAUCACAAUGCAACUGGCCAAAAUGAUUUUCAUCAACAUAGUUUUGUAAUGGAGUGCACUCUCUAGUACGAAUUCCUCUGAUCUCUAUCCAUUCGCCUUGAUAGUCGAAACGCAUUUUUUUCUCAACCCAAUCGAUGCAAGUACAUCCAAUUUGUGUCAGCCAUGCCAUCCCCAAUACUAGAUCAUAACCGCGCAACUCAAAAAGCAUAACAUCUAUCUCCCAUUCAACCCCUUGAACAGAAAUAAUUACACCAUGACAUUCUCCCAAAGUCGGAACCACAUGUCCGUCACCCAAUCUGAUACGUCUAACAGGAGUCUCGGUAAUUCGCAAACCCAAAGCCAAAGCUAGACGCCUUGACAUGAAAUUUUUGUUUGCUCCACUGUCAACCAACAUCAGCACCGGUAUCUCCCUCACUUUCCCUUGAAAUCUGAUGCAUUGAAACCUAUCUUGAUAAUACUCGGUUUGUCUAUCAAAGGUCAACGCAUUUUCAAAAGUCAGCACAUUCAAUUGCAACUCUUCUGCACCUGUGUCCACAUCUUCAUCAUUCAACACUCUUACUUCAUUUUCAUCUUCAGAAUCAUCCUCAAGCACCAUAACACUCAAAUUUUUAUCCGGACAUUGAUGACGUGGAUGAUACGGACCUCCACAUUUAAAACAGAGUCCUUUUUGACGACGGUCAGCAAUCUCUUGUGAAGACAGACUCCGCACAUUCUUGUCACGCCAAUUUGCAGUGUUGAUAGUGUGUGUUUUGUUUUGUCCAACAUUAAACAUUCCACGUGCACGAUUGUUUCCUCCACUGUUUCCUCCAGGAAAACGAUCACGAUUGUCUUUGUUAUUACGAAUCAUAACCCAAUCGCUAUUUCUACCUUCAUUCUGUGUGACAACUUUGUUACCAAAAACGGGUCGAGAUAGUGAUCAUGCUGCGAACCUUUCCUCUGAUUUUGUCCUUCAAACCAUGAACGAAAUAACCCAAAUAUUGGUCAUUGGGUAAUUUGGGCAGUUGCGCUACUAACCUUUCAAAAUCUGCAAUGUAUUCUUCAAUCGUUCCUUCCUGUUGAAGUGCAGAAAGUUGUUCAAAUACAUUCCCAUCACUAACACCACCAUACCUUUCAAGAAGUGCAUCUUUCAAAUCUUCCCACGUCAAUGUUUCAUUCUCCUCCAACAAUCCUUUGAAAAAAUGGAUUGUUGGACCGUCCAUACAUAAUUGUGCCAAAUUCACUUUGAUUUCUGGUGUAGUAUUCUGCACAUUGAAAUAAACUUCCGCCCUAGCGAUCCAACCAGCGGGAUCAUCACCAUUAAACAUCAGUAAUUCAACCUUUUUAACAGAUAGGCGAAAUUCAUCCAAGGCUUCAUCAUGUAAUUCAGAAUUUUUCUUUUUGUUACCAACUGAUUCAUUAUAGUGCGAUGAUUCUCCCACAUUCUUCUCCUUACUUGAAUUCAAUAAAGAGAUGAUCUUCUCCUGGUUCUCCUUGUUUUGAUUCUGCAUUUCAUGUAAAGAAACCUCCAAAGUUGCGAUUUUCUCUUCAAGUGCAGUCACUUUGGCCUCCAUCUUUUUCGGUGGCAUCCGGCAGGUCGGACCAAUUUGAUAAAGAUCAGAAUUAUAGAGAUGAGGCUUUUGCAAGUAAACUUGCGAUUUUCAUAGAUUAACAAAAGGAAUUACAAUCUUCAAACCUAUCAGAGCAGUUUGCUCUCUCAGAAGAUAACUUCUUCUGGCCAAGUAACUUCCUAAUAACUUCCCACAUAAAAAUAAAAUAACAAACAGCAACUUAAAUACAAUCCACAACCACACCCAAUAACUAACUAUUUGAAAUUCAAACUAACACACUAAUAUUAUAUUAAUUAUUUAUUUUUUUAUUUUUGUUUCUCCUUUGAUAAACCCUCCAAAUGACGGAUUUACCUUUCUCUUUAGUCUGUGCGCUAUCAGGCUCUCUCCGACAAAUUAUUCAUUGUGCAGAAAGUCAAACCUUCAAGAAUUAGAGCAGGCUGACGACGGAAAAGAAGAAAUCACAGGUGGGAUUUUUUUGUCAAAAAUUAUGAAAUUUUAGUAGAUUGCAACCUUGAGGACAAAGUUGUUUUUAGGAGGGGUGUUUUUUUAGGACUUAGAAUAACGGGAGUUUGUUAGAGAGAGAAUUAGAGUUAAUUAAGAGGUUAGUAUAGCUGUUGAGUUUGUUAGGCUUUCUGUUUGUAUUUAAGUUAGACCUAGGAUUAUUAAUAUGAUAGACUGGUCUUAGGGGCGGGAGGCAAUCAUUUUAUGAAAGUUGUAAACUAGAGAAUGCUUUAGUGAGGGGAGAGUGCUCCCUUUGGGUUAACUUGAAUGCAAGGUUAUCAUCUUGUUCAUUCCUAUUAUUUCCAAA